UUUUUUUAUGUUAGCUUGUGUUAGUUUGUUCUUGCAUUGGUAUAAAGAAAUACCCAAGACUGGGUAAUUCAGAAAGAAUAAGGGUUUAAUUGGCUCCUAGUUCUGCAGGCUGUACAAGAAGUAUGUUGCCAAGCAUCUGCUCACCUUUUGGCAAGACUUCAGGAAGCUUACAAUCAUGGCCGAAGGCACAGGGGAAGCCAGUGUGUCACAUGGCAAGAGCAGAAGCAAGGGAGGAGGAAGUUUUAAACAGCCAGAUCUCAUGACAACUCAAUCGUAAGAACAGUGCCAAGGCAGGUGGCACUAAACCAUUCAUAAGAAAUCCACCCUCAUGGUCCAGUCGCCUCCCACCAGGUCCCAUCUCCAACACUGGGGAUCAUAAUUCAACAUGAGAUUUAGAGAAGACAGCAUCCAAACUGUAUUAUUCCGCCCCGCCUCUCAAAAUCUCAUGUUCUUCUCACAUUUCAAAAUAUUCCUUCCUAAUAGUCCUCCAAAAGUUUCAGCUCAUUUCAGCCUCAUUCAAAAGUCCAAAGUAUCAUCUGAGAUAAGCCAAGUCCCCUUUACCUAUGAGUCUGUAAAAUCAAAACAAGUUAUUCACUUUCAAGAUACAGUGGGGGUACAGGCAUGGGGUAAACAUUCCCAUUCCAGAAGGGAGAAAUUGGCCAAAAGAAAGGGGCUACAGGCUUCAUACAGGUUUAAAACCCAGUAGGGCAGUCAUUAAAGCUCCAAAAUAAUCGCCUUUGACUCCACGUCCCGCAUCCAGGCCUUUGAGCAGCCCUGCCUGUGUCUGCAGGGUUCAGCCACCACAGGUGUUCUCAUGGGUUGGAGUUGAGUGUCUGCAGCUUUUUCUAGAACAAGAUGUAAGCUGCUGGUGGACCUAACAUUCUAGGGUCUGGAGGACGGGGGUCCCUUUCCCCAGCCCUACUAGGCAGUGCCCCCAUGGAGACUCUGUGGGGCCUCCAACUCCACAUUUUCCUUCCAUACAGCCCUAGUAGAGGUUUUUUGUGAGGGUCCUGCCCUGCUGCAGGCUUCUACCUGGCCACCCAGACUUUCUCAUACUUCCUCUGAAAUCUAGGUGGAGGCUGCCAAGCCUCCUUCACUCUUGCACUGUGCACACCUGUAGGCUUAACACCAUAGACGCUGCCAAGGUUUAAGGUGGCAUACAUUCUCCAAAGCAGCAGCCGCCCAAGUUGUUCUUGGGGCCCUUUGAGCCACAGCUGGAGCGGCCUGGAUUCAGGGAGCAAUGUCCUGAGCUGUGCAGGGCUGGGCCUGGCCACCUGAACCAUAAUUUCCUCCUGGUUUCUGAGCCUGUGAUGGGAGGGGCUGCUGCAAAAAUCUCUGAAAUACCUUCGAGGCCUUUUUCCCAUUGUCUUGGCUGUUCGCACUUGGCUCCUUUUCAGUCGGGCCAAUCUCUAGCAAGUGGUUAGUCCACAGCCUGCUUGAAUUCCUGUCCCGAAAAAGCCUUUUCUUUCUCUGCCACAUGGCCAGACUGCAUGUUUUCCAAACUUUUAUAGUUCUACUUCCCCUUUAAAUAUAACUUCCAACAUUAAGUCAUUUCUUUGCUCCAACAUCUGAGUAUAGGUUGUUAGAAACAUCCAGGCCACAUCAGAAAUUUCUUCUGUCAGAUGCCCUAAAUCAUCACUCUUAAGUUGAAACUUCCACAGAUCCCUAGGGCAUGAACACAAUACAGCCAAGCUCUUUCCUAAGGCAUGACAAGGUUGACUUUGCUCUGGUUCCUAUAAGUUCUUCAUUUCCAUCUUAGUUUUUAUCACCUUGGCCUUCCCUGUGCAUAUCACUAUCAAGAUUUUGAUUAUAAGCAUUUAACCAGUCUCUAAGAAUUUUCAGAUUUUCCCUCAUUUUCCUGUCUUCCUCUGAGUCCUGCAAACUCUUCUAACCUCUGCCUGUUACCCAGUUCCCAAGUUGCUUCCACAUUUUCAAGUAUCGUUAUAGUAGUGCCCCAUUCCCAGUACCAGUUUUCUGUGUUAGACCAUUCUUGCAUUGCUGUAAAGACAUACCCGAGAUUAGGUAAUUCAGAAAGAAAAGAGGUUUAAUCGGCUCAUGGUUCUGCAGGCUGUAUAGGAAGCAUGGUGCCGGGCAUCUGCUUCGCUUCUGGCGGGACCUCAGGAAGCUUACAGCUAUGGCAGAAGGCAACGGGGGAACCUGGAUAUCACACAGAGCGGGUGCAAGAGACAGGAGGUGCCACACACUUUUGAAGAGCCAUAUCUCACAAGAACUCACUAUCGUGAGGACAGUGCUAAGGGGAUGGCACUAAACCACUUACGAGAAAUCCGCCUCCAUGAUUCAUUCACCAUCAGGCCCCACCUCCAACACUGGGGAUCACAGUUCAGAAUGAGAUUUAAAGGAGAUAAUACCCAAACUAUAUUAUAACCUUUUAAAGUAAAUUGAAAACUGAAAUUUGUCUGGACUUUGGAGCAAUUUAAAUUACACAAAAAUUACCUUUUUUUGGAAAGUUUUAGAAAACUAUCCCAUCUGGCUUGGUGUACUGGGGAAGGGGAGACUAGUCAAGAGCAGUUAACUUCAAUCUUUGACAGACUUUGCCAUAUUUUUAUAGUCAUUGUUUUGAGGUUUUGUUUUGUUUUUAAUAUCAAGGCAGCUUGUUUUCUAGAAAAUAAUUCAUCUAAUCUAAAUCUACAACUUAAGCACAAUAGUAAUGUUUCUCCCUUGUCCCCUCCCUCCCAUUUCUCCCCAUUUUCCCUAGUCUUAGAAUUGCAAGAGCUUUGUUAUUUUAUCAGACUUGGUUGAAUACCGGCUUUGGUCACGUAUGAUUAAUAUUCUACAGUUUUUUUAAUUAAAAUUAUACUUUUCUUCCCUAAAUACCACUACAGGAAGGAACCUUGGAGAUUUAGUCCAUCCUUCGUUAUUGACUAAGUAUCUAGGCUAACAGUAUUUAUAGGGGGGAAAUGUAAUAUAAACAUUGAAUAUUGAUUAAACAAAAAUUGUAAAAUAAGUAACUGGGCAGAGGAGUAUAGCAGUGGAGAAGUAUGGUAUAUAUAUAUAUGUGGGGUAGGCACUGAGUUCUAAAGCUAAAUCUUUAUUUUCUCAUAAAUGGCACUAAACCAUUUAUGAGAAAUUCGCCCCCAUGAUUCAUUCACCACCAGGCCCCACCUCCAACAAUAGGUAGGAAUGUGGAAAAACAGCUCAGUCUUGACCAUGGUUACCUCUACAGAGUAGGACUCAAAGAUGUAGAGCCAUGAGGCAGGGAAAGUUUCCCUAAUGAGCUUCAUAGCACUUGCUGGCUUUUUAAACUGUUUACAUGUUUUCUUUCUUAAACAUUUUUUAAAGUUUCAUUACAGGAUAAUGCCACAGUAAAAUAUUUUCUGAACAAAAAAUUCGUUAAGAUGUUUGAAAAUCCAUCUUUAAACAUGCUCUUCAGUUUUUUUGAGGAUAGAAAGAAUGUUGACCAUUGUGAAAAAAUAAUUACUAUAUAAUAUUUUAUCCAUAAUAUAACUAAUGAUAUAUUUAAAUUAUAUGAUAGGAUUAUCUCAUUCACACCCAGGUUUUAAUUAAUGCUGGUACCACAGAUGCCUCUCACAUUUUUCUCUGCAGGUCAGAUCUGUCCUUUGAGCGCUGGACCCAUAUAUCACAACUCCCUGUAUGGUAUCUCUAUUUGGAUGUUUUAAAGGUACCCUAGCUUCCACAGGUUCAGAAACAAACCUGUAAUCCUUCUCUUUGUUUCUACUCUUUGAUUUUUCCCAUUGUUUCCUAAUUCAGAGAUGAGACCACUAUCCAGUUGAGCAAAUCAGAAAUCAACUUUGACACCUCCUUCGCUUUUGCCCCAAUUUCUAAUCCAUCACCAAAUUUCUGUACAUUUUUACUUCCUAAAUAUCCCUUAAGGUCUUCCACUUCUCUCUACCUAGUCUCCAUUGCUAUUCACCGUACAGGCUAUUACCAUUUCCUGGCUGAACUACAGCAGUGGUUUUCUGACUGGUCUUCUCAUAUAUUCUUUUACCCUUUUUCCUUACAAUAGCCGUUUUUUAUGCACACAUGAUUUCUUGAUCAUGUCACCUUUCCUACCUCUGAGCUUUAAGUCCUUCAGUGGCUUCUCAUUGUUCUUAAGAUAAAAUCCCCAAAUUUUAAUGGGCUAUAAGGCACUUCAUGAUUUGGGCCCUACCUAUUUUGCUUGAUCUUUCCUCUCUACAGUUUUUUCUAAUGUUCCAUGCUCCCAUGCUCUGCUUUGGAAUGAUGUGAAAGAGAUAAAAACAGUGGCUGUGAUAGCCACAAGAGAUAUGGCAGACAGCAGACCCAGUGCAGAAGAAAGCAGACAGAAGAUAAAAUAAUGAGCAAGUUAAAAUAGUUAUCUAAAUUAUAAAUGUGUAUUUAUGUGCCUUUAACCUAGCAAUUUCUGUGAUCUGCAGGGCAAAGACAUUGACCCUAAUACUUGUACUAUCUCCAGCAUGGUAUCUCCUGCAUACUAGGCACUCAUUAAAUGUAUGGUUGGUAGAUAAAUAGAUGAUGAUAGUCCCAGUUUUAAAUACUCUUAUCUAGUUGCCUCAUAAAUGCCCAAAUUUUCAUAAGACCUAUAUAUCCAGUUACAUUCUUUGUUUUUGUUUGUUUUUUUAAUCUGGAGACGUGGUCUCGUGUUAAACAGUUAGCUUUUGUAUACUCUUAUAGUCCUAGAAACAUCCACUAUGGUAAACUGCACUGAAUAUGAAGCAUAACUUGCAGUCUGAGUGAGCCAUUAACCAGUGCCUAGUACUCUUCACUGUAAUAGUUACUAAGAAAUCAAAAAUUGUUUACAUAAUCUUUAAGAAAGGAAAGAAUAUGGCACAUUUUAUAAACCUUUCCAAUAGGUUUACUUAUGUUUUGUGGUACUGUAUAUACUCUGCUACUAUUUAGAAGGAAUUAACCCUCCUAGAUCAUUUUAUCUGGUGGAAGUUUAGAUGCCAGAACUUUAUACCUAUUGCUUCAAACAUUUCAUAAAGUAUGAUUUCUUUAUUAUUUUUCUCAGGAGAGGGUUUAUUUUGCAUCUUACCAUAGGAAAUGUGUCUCUGUUUAUUAUGAGAAAUAAUUUUACAAAGUAAAUUUACAAGAUAUUUCUUGGUUUUUGUUUUGAAAUUAAGUAAAUACCAGUUGUUUCAGUAAUAUGUUUGGGUUGUGCUUACAAAUGACUUACUGCUCCACAAAGGCUACAUUUUCAAAUAGUUAUAUUGCUUUCACUCUUAAAGUUUACUUUUGCUGGGUAUAGUAUGUGGGUUGAUUGACAGUUUGGUUUUUUCAUCUUUCAGCACUUAUAUUAUGUCGUUUCACUAUCUUCUGAUGCCUCCAUUGUUUCUGAUGAGAAGUCAUCAUUUAAAUUAUUGUCAUUCUUAUUGUUCAUCCUCCUUUAAAUAAUAAAAAUGUGUCUCCAUCAGACUAUUUGCCUCGCCCUCAAAUUGUGUAUAAAUUAUUUUUUUUCAAAUCUAGAUCAUUUGAAAUAUGUUUUGGAAGCCUUAUAGAAGGAAACUAUAAAGAAACCUUAUAAUAAAAUAUUCACUUUGGCUGUUUUCAAGAUUUUCUUUUUGGUUUUCAGCAGUUUGACUAACUCGUGCCUAUGUAUCGUCUGUUUUUUUCUAUUCAGGAUUUGCUGAUAUUUUAAAUCUGUAAAUUUAUAUAUUUUACUAACAAAAUUUUUAGCCAUAAUUUCUUCAGAUAUUUUUUCUACCUCAUUCUUUCUCCCCUUUCCUUCUGAAUCUCCAGUUACAAGUAUGUUAUGAUACCUUGCCACAGGUCCCUAAGGUUCUAUUUCUCUCCUCCCCCUUGCCCACAGUCACUUUUCUAUUCAUCCUUCAGAUUGGAUAAUUUCUAUUGCUUUGUCUUCAAGUUCACUGACUGUCAUUUCCUAUCCACAGUUAAGUCUGCCCAGUGAAUUUUUUCAGAUAUUUUAUUUUUUAGUUCUUAAAUUUUUAUUUGCUUUAUAUAUGUAUAAUUUCCAUUUCUUUGCUGAGAGUUCCAAGCAUAUUUGCACUUAAGUCCUUCAGCAUAGUUAAAAUAGCUGCUUUAAAAUGCUUAGGUGCUAAUUCUAGCAGCUGGCUUAUCUUGGACUUGGUCUCCACUGGUUGCCUUUUCUCUUGAGUAUGGGUCAGUUUUUUUCUGUUUAUGUGUAACAAUUUUGGAUUUUAUUUAGGACAUUAUGAAUGCCAUGUGGAGACUCUGGAUUCUGUAUUGCUCCAGUGAGUAUUGAUGUUUGGUUCGUUAUCUGUUUCAAGCCAGAUAACUUGACUACACUUAAAGUAUAAGCUCUGAAAUCUCAGUUCAGUUACUUUAACCUUAGCCUUGCUGCUUGAAUGGAAUCUGUCGCAAAUAUGUAUAGUUCGGAGAUCAAAGAUAAAUACAGAGUUUAUACACAGAAUUUAGGGCUUCCUCUCUGUGGUUCUCUCCUUCCUGUGAUUUACUCACUAAGCUUUCAGCUGUUGUGAUCAUGCCAUCAUCUGUCCUUUGGUUCCUCAAGCAAGUAAGACUGCAGGUUUUUUAUCUGAGUUUUAGCUACCCAAACUAACUGGGACCUGCUCUCUGAGUAAAAGCCAUUAAAAAAUGGGAAGUUACCCUUGCUGUUUCCUUCUUCCAAGUGCUGACCCCUUUUUCUUCCUUCCCCCAAUUUGUUUCUGCCUUCAGGUAGUUUUUUAUGCAUUUCUACUGUUUAUAGUUGUUAUUCAUGAAAGAUUUGGUCUGGUAGGCGUUACUCAGCCAUUACAGGAAGUAGAACCCAUAAAAUAAAAUUGUACAAUUGAAGAAUGUUAUCAUUUGUGUAGGUGAUAGUCUUUAUUAGAAAAGCAGGCAAGUAUGGUGAGAGAUUUCAGUAUCUGUUUUAAUAAUGAAAUAUGUUGAAAUUUGUUUUCAUGGUUCAUCCUCCUUUAAAUAAUAAAAAUGUGUCUCAAUCAGACUAUUUGCCUCUCCCUCAAAUUGUGUAUAAAUUAUUUUUUUUCAAAUCUAGAUCAUUUGAAAUAUGUUUUGGAAGCCUUGUAGAAGGAAACUAUAAAGAAACCUUAUAAUAAAAUAUUCACUUUAUUCAACAAAUGUGUUGCAUCUUCUGUGAGCCAGGAAUGAUCUAGAUCCUGGAUAUAGAACCGUGAACUUCAGAGUCCUUGAUCCCGUGGGGCUAAUGUUUUGGGGAUAGAGAGAUAAUAAAAUGUAUCUCAGGUGUUGAUACAUGUUAUGAAGUAAAAGCAGUAUGAGGGUGCAAUGGUGGGAGAUGGGGAAGAGUUAUGGCAUUAUUUAGAUAGAGGGAUUGGUCAGGGAAACUGUCUCUGAAGAAGUGACAUUUGAUCAACAUUCUUAAUGAUGUAAGAGAAGGGAACCAUGCAGGUGGAUCUAAGGGAAAACUAUUCCAGUAGCAAAGGAGCAGCAAAUCGGAUAGUCCUAAGGGAAGAACAAGAGUGGCUUCUUUGAGAAAUCAGCAGACUGCCAUUUUGAAUUGAGGGAACAAGGAGAGGGUAGAAGAUGAAGUUAGAGGGGUGGUAGAUAGUCAGAGGCUUUGUUACGUUGCAUUUUGAACAGGGAAAGUGAUGACUCUGAUUUACUUUUCACAAAGAUCACACUGCUCAGUAAAGAAAAUACUGGGGAUGGGAGGAAGUGGUAUGUUGGCAAAAAGAAUGAAGGUGGGGAGACCUAUUGAGGCCUUUGCAGUAGUAGUCUAGAUGAAUUAUGAUGGUGGCUUGGACAAGAGCAGUAACAAGUGGGAAAAAUUGGUUAGAUUCAGAAUGCUUUUUAUAUAUAAGCCAAGAAGUCUUGAUGGUAGAUUAGAUGUGGGAUGAGAGAAAGAACAACUGGAUGAAUGGUGGUACCAUUUACUGACAUGGAAAAGACUGGGAAAGGAUUGAUUUGGAUGGGGGAGGAAUUAAGAGUUUGAUUUUGGACAUACUGAGCUUGAAAUAAGUUGAUACACAAAAGGAGAUGUCAGUUAGCCAGUUGGAUAUGUUAGUCUCAAGGAAGAGAUUGGAGUUGGAGAUAAUAAUUUGCCAAGCACCACUAUAUAGAUAUUAUUUAAAGCAAUACAUUUGAAUGAAAUUACCUUGAAGACGAAUGUAGAUAUAGUUGAAAGGAAACCAUAGAUCUGAACUCUACCAGCCACCAACAUUCAGAUGUCCAGAAAAGGAAAAGGAUCCAGCAAAGUAAACUGAGAAGAAUCUGCCAGUAAGUAGAAGGAAAGCCAGAGGAGUAUAAACCUCAGAAGCCACAUGAAGAAAUUGUUUAAAGAAUGAGGGAGUAGUGGUUGAAUGGGUCCUGAGCUACAGAGAGAUCUAAAAAUGCUUGGACAGAAGAGAUGAGUACUAUUUCCACUAAGGCCUAGAAUUGCCUACUGUACAAAUAGUCCUGAUCAGGCAAUAUACGAAUGGCCCAAGGAAGCCACCAAAUUGAUUUUCAGGUUUUACAUGACCUGCGACAAAAAUUCCCUGAAGUACCUGAAGUUGUUGUAUCCAGGUGCAUGUUACAGAAUAAUAAUAACCUGGAUGCCUGCUGUGCUGUUCUCUCUCAGGAGAGUACAAGAUAUCUUUAUGGUGAAGGAGACUUGAAUUUUUCAGAUGAUUCUGGAAUUUCUGGUCUACGCAAUCACAUGACUUCUCUCAACUUGGACUUGCAAUCACAGAACAUUUAUCACCAUGGAAGAGAAGGAAGUAGGAUGAAUGGAAGUAGGACUCUAACGCACAGCAUUAGUGAUGGACAACUUCAAGGUGGCCAGUCCAAUAGUGAACUAUUUCAGCAGGAGCCACAGACAGCACCAGCUCAAGUUCCUCAAGGCUUUAAUGUUUUUGGAAUGUCCAGUUCUUCUGGCGCUUCAAAUUCAGCACCACAUCUUGGAUUUCACUUAGGCAGCAAAGGAACAUCUAGCCUUUCUCAACAAACUCCCAGAUUUAAUCCCAUUAUGGUAACUUUAGCCCCAAAUAUCCAGACUGGUCGUAAUACUCCUACAUCUUUGCACAUACAUGGUGUACCUCCACCUGUACUUAACAGUCCACAGGGAAAUUCUAUCUAUAUUAGGCCUUACAUUACAACUCCUGGUGGUACAACUCGACAGACACAACAGCAUUCUGGCUGGGUAUCUCAGUUUAAUCCCAUGAACCCUCAGCAAGUUUAUCAACCUUCACAGCCUGGUCCCUGGACUACUUGUCCUGCAUCUAAUCCUCUGUCACAUACCUCAUCUCAACAGCCAAAUCAGCAAGGCCACCAGACCUCUCAUGUCUACAUGCCAAUCAGUUCACCUACUACUUCACAACCACCAACCAUUCAUUCAUCUGGUAGCUCACAGUCUUCUGCCCAUAGCCAAUAUAACAUUCAGAAUAUUUCAACAGGACCUCGAAAAAACCAGAUUGAAAUCAAACUUGAACCCCCACAAAGAAAUAAUUCUUCAAAACUGCGUUCUUCUGGACCUCGAACCGCCAGCACUUCCUCUUCAGUCAACAGCCAAACCUUAAACAGAAAUCAGCCCACUGUUUACAUAGCUGCCAGCCCCCCAAAUACGGAUGAGCUGAUGUCCCGUAGUCAACCUAAGGUCUAUAUUUCAGCUAAUGCCACCACAGGAGAUGAACAGGUCAUGCGGAAUCAGCCCACACUCUUCAUAUCCACAAACUCUGGAGCAUCUGCUGCCUCUAGGAACAUGUCUGGGCAAGUGAGCAUGGGUCCUGCCUUUAUUCAUCACCAUCCUCCCAAAAGUCGAGCAAUAGGCACUAACUCUGCAACCUCUCCUCGAGUGGUAGUCACUCAGCCCAAUACGAAAUACACUUUCAAAAUUACAGUUUCUCCCAAUAAGCCCCCUGCAGUUUCACCAGGGGUGGUGUCCCCUACCUUUGAACUUACAAAUCUUCUAAAUCAUCCUGAUCAUUAUGUAGAAACCGAGAAUAUUCAGCACCUCACGGACCCUACGUUAGCACAUGUGGAUAGAAUAAGUGAAACACGGAAACUGAGUAUGGGAUCUGAUGAUGCUGCCUACACACAAGCUCUUUUGGUACACCAGAAGGCCAGAAUGGAACGACUUCAAAGAGAACUUGAGAUUCAAAAGAAAAAGCUGGAUAAAUUAAAAUCUGAGGUUAAUGAAAUGGAAAAUAAUCUAACUCGAAGGCGCCUGAAAAGAUCAAAUUCUAUAUCCCAGAUACCUUCUCUUGAAGAAAUGCAGCAGUUGAGAAGUUGUAAUAGACAACUCCAGAUUGACAUUGACUGCUUAACCAAAGAAAUUGAUCUUUUUCAAGCCCGAGGACCACAUUUUAAUCCCAGCGCUAUUCAUAACUUUUAUGACAAUAUUGGAUUUGUAGGUCCUGUGCCACCAAAACCCAAAGAUCAAAGGUCCAUCAUCAAAACACCAAAGACUCAAGACACAGAAGAUGAUGAGGGAGCUCAGUGGAAUUGUACUGCCUGUACUUUUUUGAACCAUCCAGCCUUAAUUCGCUGUGAACAGUGUGAGAUGCCAAGGCAUUUCUGAGCCAAAUGGCCCUGUAUCUUCUCUAAAACCACAUCUAAAGUUCAAGAAACUAGUCUGUCAUCGGGAAAAAGUUUCACUGCUACAUAGGAUUUUGUCAAAUUGAAGGUGUGAGAAGAUGGUGUUGUGCUAAUGUUAAAUGUCAGCCCACAGAGCUAAUAAUACCUCAGUAUAAUGUCAUGAGCAGUUGAAAUUCAUCACAUGAAAAGUAAUCUGCUGAAAGACUUGGUUGUCCACUGCCUAACUGUGUACAGUGUUACCAGUGUCCCAUUAUGGAUAAUUCUCAAUAUGUUAACACCUAGGUGUUCCCAGUACCUUUUUCCUCUCAUGUCACUACUGAAUUUUGACAGGAGGAAGGAAUAGAAUGAUAGCUUGUUUUAUUUGUAAAGCUUUCAGUGAAACACUACAUACACGAAGAAAAGGAACAAGGUUUAACUAUUUAAGAACUGUUUGCUGCCGCAUAGUGCCAUUGGAUAGGGGAAGAACUUCAGAAAUCUGUGGUACUCUUGGCCUUGUCUUUGUCUUCCCUGAACAUGUCUGCACUCUGUGAAGCCAGCAUCUAGGGGCUAAAGAUGCAAAGGAAAGCAGCAUGCAUUGUCUGUACAAAUGUGCAGUGAAAUACCCCAAAGCUUUUCCUACUGUACAGAUCUCUUGAGUCUGCUUUAAGUGAUUUUUCUUCUUGAUUAUUUUCUUAUAUUUCUAUAUGUAUAGUGUAAUAGCCUUUUGUUAACUAAUUUUCUUUUUUCCUUUUAGUAAUUAAGCACGAUCAUGUCCCUUUUUAAGCCUUACCUGAGAGGAGCAAUGCCUUAAAAUAAAAAAGCAUUAAUGAGAUGAAACUAUGCACAGAAUAACUUUCCUCUACUUAUUCUGUACUUUGCCCUCAUGAGUUCCAAUGUUGUGUGAAGACAGGCAGAUGCUGCACAGUGAAUUGCAGAUGAUAUUACAGAAGUGAUGUCUGUAGGUCACAUUAAAUAUUGACUUGAGCAGUGGGUGACACAACACAGUGUUUUGUCUUCCACAGGGAAGCUUAAAAGAUAUUUUUAACCCACUGACAGAACAACAAGGUUAAGCUUCAUCUGCUUGGUGUCCCACAGAACUUGCACAAGCGAUUGUUAUUGGGAAAGUACAGUCUCAAAACCAGCAACAGCAGCAGUACCUACAGCCCUUUUUUUGGAGAGAAGUUUAAAUGCUUUACUGUUGGGGCAGUCCAUUUCUAAUCCUGACUUGGUGACAGUAUCAUGUGUAUUUAUAAAACAAGGCUAGCCAUAUUUAGGACAACUGAAGAAAAGCUGGAAAAAAAGAAAAACAAGCAAACUUGAACACUGAAGCAACCUCAAGCAUCUCUUUAUUUUGAUGAUAUAUUUUUGUAAGGAAAAUAAAUAUUCAGAUGAUCAGGAAUGUAUAUAACUAAAUGAAAUCAAGAAAAAGAAAUAACAGUAUGCAUUUAAAAAGACAGAAUUAUGAAAUUAUAUGAGUGCUUAGAAUGGGGCUAAGGGAAGUGCUGAAAUAGAGCAAAGGAUGGAAGAUAAUAUAGACUAUCACCCACUGUAAAUGUUUGCAAGUGGCUGUGUUUUAAAUGGGAUUAUUACAGUUGAUCUCUAUGAAUGUCAGAGCCUUAACUUUCAGGCUUUGCAUUUUGUAUAUGGGAAGAAAUAUGACAAUCCUAGGUAAUUAAACCAUAAACCCAAAGCCCUUACGUUUGAUGCAGUUUAUUUUUAAAAUAGGCCUUGUUUUUCAGCUUCAUCUGCAGUUCUAUGUGAAGAUUGAUAAAUCAGUUUUUACUUGUUUUAUUAAUAAAACGUAAUUUGGAUAUCUUGAGUUGAUGGUUUUGUGAUUUAGCUGGGUAAACUAUCUUUGUAACAGAUAAGUUAUUUAUAAAAAUUAAAAAACUUAUAUUCUAAUGUG